AUGGAGUUCGAUCAAAAAGUGAAGCAAGAACAUCAAAUGGACAGAGAUGGGAGCGCCGCUAGUGAUCUUGUUUAUGACAAGUCUUCGACUACCUCUACUUCUGCAACCAUCAAAGUUGAAGAUCCUUCUUCUUCAGGAUCUUCAACUUCAAAUCGAAUUAAGACGGAAUUGAGAGGAGGUUUGGGCGACCAAGAAUUGCCUUUACCGGCUCAGGCUGGUUCUAGUGCUGCUCACACCCUUUCUCCGGACGGGUCCCGGUCCAGUAGUGGGUCCGAAGAGGCCCAGCCCGACCGAACACACACCCGCAACACGCGCGCCCUUCCACUGGAAAAGGUGGACGUGGGUGGGCUCUCCCUCCACAGCGUGCCGCCCGACGAGCCCGUCCCGGACGCCCCCGAGCGGCCCACCAGACUGCGGAGGACGGUGACGGCGAGGCAGCCGGCGCUGGGUGCCAUGAGCGAGGACAGCUAUGACGACUACUCGAGCAGCGAGGAGGAGGAGAUGCGCAAGACCAUCAUGAUUGGCAGCGCGUACCAGGCCGUGGUCCCCGAGGGCUUCUCCAAGUACAACACCGAGCGGCCCUACAAGCAUGCCGACAAGCUCCUAUGGGAGCCCAGGGGUGUCCUGGACAACGAGGUCAUCGAGCAGUACCUGCAGACAAGCAACGAGCUGACAGAGAGCAGCGCUGUGGGCAUCGACGUGCUGCCCAUGGGCUCCCACACGAGAGACGACGAGCAAGCCCUGUUCCUCCUCAUGCAGAGUAAUCAUAACGUGGAAGAGGCGCUGAGAAGACGGCGAGCCACGCCCCCUGCAGCGUCAAACCCCUCGGCUCCGUGGACAGACGAGGAGUGCAGAAAUUUCGAAAACGGAAUCCUUACUUUUGGCAAAGACUUUCACACGAUUCAAGCACAAAGAUUGCGGACAAGAACUGUGAGUGAAAUUGUGCAGUUUUAUUACCUGUGGAAAAAAACAGAGAGACAUGAUGUAUUUGCAAACAAAAUGCGCCCGGAUAAAAAGAAGUACAUGCUCCAUCCAGGAGUUACGCUCGUUGUUUAUGAGUUAUUGGAGAAAGAAAAUCAAAAAGAUGCUAGCUCUAAAGAUUCUGUAACUGCAUAGGUAUCCUGUAUAACCUUCUUAGGAUUCUCCUAAGGCAUCAAGGUAAAUUUAGUUUUUUUUAACAGCUGCAAAAUGUCACUACAUGGUGGAUUAUUUGUAGCACGGCAAAAGAAAACAAACAAUAAUGUUAAGGAAUUUUUUAACUUGUUUUAAUGAAUGACGUACCAUACAAUUGAUUUAGGAGUUGCCUUCAAAGUUGUGAUAAAGAACUUUGAUGUUGUAAAACAAAAUUUCAUAAUAAAAGUUGUUAUAGAUGUUUCAGAGGAA